CUCAAUAACUCAAGAUUCAGAAUGAACUUUGCUGCACAGUUUUUCUACACAAACUAUGUGGGGGGAAAAUCACCAGUACGGAGGGGAUUCAGUGACAGCGAGGAGUACGACCCCUUCUGGCACAGUGAUGAUCAGCAUUUGAGCAGCAACAUAAAGACAUGCUCAUCUCAUGAUGGCCGAUGCCAAAAAGACGGCAUCAUCAGCAAUGGAGUCCUUACUCAUCGACCCUCCCUCAUCUGCCCAGAGCGCCUCCGAGACUUUGGCGCUGAGGAGUACUUAAAGGUGGACGUGAGACCCUUUAAGACCAAAGUGAUGGAAGCACCUGAGAAGCAACUGAUGGAACCUCCUAAACCCUCCAUCAAAAGCAAUAAGGACUACAAGCCUGCACCCAAGCCUCCUGCUGAGUACCUUGGCUUUGAGGACAUCAGUGCAGCAGCAUUAAAUAUCCAACAGUCAGGAAUUCAAAAGACCCCCUGCACAUACUCUAGACUAUCCAAACUAUAUGGUAUGGAGAUUUAUCUGAAGAAAGAGUACCUCCACUACACAGGUUCAGUAAAGGAGAGAGGAGUUCUGUAUCUGCUCUCCUCACUACAACAGGACCAGCAGAAGAAAGGUGUCAUUGUGGCCACAGACUGUAACUUUUCCAUGGCAGUGGCUCACCAUGCAGUGGAGCUGAGAAUUCCAGUCUUUGUCAUAAUGCCUGCAUACACUUCCCCACCACGGCUGCGCAUUUACCGGGACUAUGGGGCCAUGGUAAUCUCCUAUGGCAGCACAGCACGGGACUCACAAAAUCAUGCACACCAUCUGGCCAAUGAGAAUGGCUACCUCUGCCUAGAAGAGGAUGACAGUGUAGUGUACCUGGCAGGUCUGGGUACAGUAGGCAUAGAGCUCCAGGAUCAAGUGCCCAAGCUGGACGCAGUCAUUGUCCCUGCUGGGGGACAGAGCAGAGUGCUGGUUGGGACUGCAGCUGCCAUCAAACACCUAAACCCUCGCAUCUCAGUCAUAGGUGUUGAGCCAGAGGAGUUUCCACUUCUGCUACAGUCCCUCAAAACAGAUUCUCUUGCCAGUGAUUUCUCCCACACCACAAAUAAAAAGCUCUAUAGAGAUAUCAUGCAGCACUCUUUGGGAGCACACACUUUGCAAAUGGCCAAGAAAAUGGUGGAUAAAAUGAUCUCUGUUAGAGAAAGGGACAAUUUGGUGGCCAUGCUGAGGUUUCAGGAGUAUGAACACACCACUGUAGAUACUGAAGGAGCCAUGGGGCUGGCAGCCAUCUUGGCUGGUCAACUUCCAGAGCUAAAGGGUAAAAGAGUAGCAGUGGUAGUUGCCAGUGCAAACAUGGAGCUGGACUUGGUGAGAGAGUGUGUAGACAGAGCUCUGGUGCUGGACGACCGCGUGAGCCGCUUCAGUGUUCAGCUGGGAGAUGGGCCAGGAGACAUGGCUAAACUGCUGAAUAUACUGGCUCGGGAAGACGUCAGGCUGUUGGAUAUUUGCCACCGGAGAUACAGUGAUAGGGUAGAUCUCUUCAAAGUACAGGUGGAGUGUGUUGUGGAGCUGAGGGAUAAGAGUCAGAACUGCCAUCUACGCAGGACGCUGUCUGAUCUCUAUCCCACACUGCGCUGGCUGGAUCGGUGAACUUGUCAUAAUGACUGCUGCUCUGAUCAUGCGUACACAAACUCACACAAAAACACACAUCAUCAAAGGCUUUUACGGACUAAAACACACAUCAUCAAUACCUCAUAUUGACAAAACCCAAACAUAACCGAGACACAUCAAAGAUAUAAAUGCACACACACACCAUAUACAUCACAUACAUCCAUAUCCACUGAGUCAGUGUUAAUGUGAACUUUUUGCAGCAAUAUUUCUAGUUAUGUUUAAUAUGUAUUAAAGUAGAUGAUUUAAUUAGAACAGAAAGAUUAAUAGUGGCAUUUGUUAAUUUUCCUCUGUGUAUAAUGAAUAAAGGGCAAAGGCAUUAUAAGAAUUACUAUGCUGCAAAUUUAUAGUCAGUUUAGAUGUACAAAGUAUACAAAGCUCUGGGAAUUUGUGUAAAAUCUGUCUUACUAUAUUAUUUACCAACCAUUAAAACCCACGUAUUGUUACAUUAGGAUUCAUAAAAGAGACUCCUUUAUCUGCAAAAAAGUGUUCAUAAUAUACACUCACCAGCCACUUUAUUAGGAACACCUGUACAUUCAGGCAGUACAAUCUAAUCAGCUGAUCAUGUGGUAGCAGUGCAGUGCAAAAAUUCAUGCAGAUACAAGUCAAGAGCUUCAGUUAAUGUUCACGUCAAACAUCAGAAUGAAGAAAAAGUGUGAGCUCUGAUUUUGAUCAUGGCAUGGUUGUUGGUACCAGAUGGGCUGGUUUGAAUAUUUCAGAAACUGCUGAUCUCCUGGGAAUUUCGCACACAAUAGUCUCUAGAGUUUGCACAGAAUGGUGUGAAAAACAAAAAACAUCCUGUGAGCAGAGAGUCUGCAGAAUGAAACACCUUGUUGAUGAGAGAGAUCAGAGGAGAAUGACCAGACUGGUUUUUAGCUGAUAGGAAGUCUGCAUGAAUGUGCAGGUGUUCCUAAUAAAGUGGAUGGUGAAUGUAUAUAUAUUAUGAACACUUAGAGAGAGAGAGAGAGAGAGAGAGAGGCAGUACACUGUUUUCUCCUAGCUGACUGUAUAUUUUGUCCCUUUUAAUAAGGCUUAUGCCUGUAACUCACUCCAUGAUGACCUUUUAAUACUGUGUGAUAUGCAGAGUGAAUGACACGCCGCCAACCUGCAUCAGCUGUCAUUAGCUUUUCCAUCCAUCACUCGAACUGUUAAACACAGUUUGGCUCCCAUCCUGGUGUGUGAACAUUAGCUCUCAGCCACAUCACACAAAUAAAUGGUCCAUGUUAAGAUCUGCUGCACAGGGAGAUGCGUGUUAAGAUGGAUAGUGGAAGGAAAGUGGUGCAGCGAGGACAGCACGCUCUUGAGUAAAGACCGGAGAGAGUGCUUGGAGAGAGGGGUGAUUAGUGCAGCCUAAUCUUUUAAGUCCAUUAGCUAAGGUCAUUCUGUCCCACAGCCCCAGAACCAAAUGCAGGA